AUGCGAGGUAAUUCUGGGUUUAGUAGUAGAGGAUAUAGACCUGUUGAUGGCACUUGGGGAAGGACCCAUUUAGGAGAAUGUUGGGGACCGAGAGUGCAGGCUUGUUAUAGAUGUGGGAAACUUGGGCAUUAUGCCAAUGAGUGUGUAGUAGGUAGAGGAGCAUCGAGUACCUACCAUUCAGGAGGACAAAGUAGUGUUGGGGAUAAUGUAGUACCUACACCGACUGGUCGUGGAAGAGGUAAGGGAGGUAAAAGUGCAGCUACAGCAGCAUAUGUCCAUAUUGAAGAUGCGAACCAAUCCUUACCGCAGUUGACCCCGGAUCUAUAUGUUCAUUCAUUUCAUGUGAUUUUUGCAUUGAGAAUGCAUUGUGGCAUUGAAUCUUUAGGUUAUGAUAUUUGUGCUUUGAUGCCUGCUAGAGGAGUAAUGAUGGUUAAUACUAUAGUUCGGACUUGUUCUGUGAUGAUUUGUGGUACAAAUAUGUCAGUAGACCUAAUUGUGAUCAAUUUGCGAGAUUUUGAUGUGAUAUUGGGAAUGGAUUGA